AUGCUAUAUUAUGAUCAGCUGCAGCAGCAGCAGCAGCAACAGCAGCAACAGCAGCAGCAGCAGCAGCAGGCUGAAUCCUGUGUGAUGUGCGCAGCUGAGGGAGAGGGAGGUGCUGCUGCUGUAGAGGAGACAAAGGAUACACCUGCUGCUGCAGCAGCAGCAGCAACAGCAGCAGCAAAGAAGAGCGAAAAGAAGAAGAAGAAACGCCAAGACAGUGAUGACUCAAUCAGCAGCAGCAGCAGCAGCAGCAAGAAGGGUGAGGGAGAUGGGGAAGGAAAGAAAAAGAGCAGCAAAGAAGCAGCAGCAGCAGCAGCAGCAGCAGGAAAGGAGACAGAUAAGAAGAAGAAAAGGAAGGACAGUAAUAAAUCAACAGACAAUGACAGUGAUUCAUCUGCUGCUGCUGCUGCAGCAGCAGCAGCAGCAGCAGCAGCAGCAGCAGCAAAGACACCAAAAAUAAAUAAAGAUGAUGUAGCAGCAACAUUAAAAAGAUUAGAAGAAAUAAAAAAAGAAAAAGAAGAAAAAAAAGAAGAAAAAAAAGAAAAAAAAGGAAAAAAAGAAGAAAAAGAAGGAAAAAAAGAAGAAAAAAAAGAAAAAAAAGAAGAAAAAAAAGAAAAAAAAGAAGAAAAAGAAAAAAAAAAGAAAGAAAGGGAAGAAAGGAUAGCAGCAUUAGCGCAGCAAGUGCAGACAACGCAGCAGCUGCUGCAGCAGACACUGCAGCAAGCGCAGCAGCAGCAGCAGCAGCAACUGCAGCAACUGCAGCAGAAAGAGCAGCAAAAAAAAGAGAAAGAAAAAAGGAUCAAGGAAAAACAGCAGCAGCAGCAGCAGCAGCAACAGCAGCAGCAGCAGCAGCAGCAGGUAAGCAGCAAAGAUGUAAAAGAGUUACAAGAGCAGCGUGAGAAAAGACGACAGCAGCAGCAGCAGCAACUGCAGCAGCAGCAGCAGCAGCAGCAGGAAUUAAUUAAUUUAAUAAAAGAAAAAGAAAAAGAAAUAAAAGAAGAAACAAUUUACCUAAAAAAAGAAAUACUGCAGCAGCAGCAGCAAGCAGCAAAUAUUGCACGCAUGCAGCAGCAAGCUAUUGCUGCUGCUGCUGCAGCAGCAGCAGCUGCUGCUGCUGCUGCUCCACCUCCUGCUCCUCCUCCUCCUCCUGCUGCACCUCCUCCUGCUCCUGCUGCACCUGCCCCUCCUCCUCCUCCUCCUCCUCCUCCUCCUCCCCC